GCAAAGAAAACAAACCUGUUUGGCUGGCUGCAACCAGGAAACCAAUCAAAGGGUGCACCAAGAAAAGACAGAGCGAGAGAGAGAGUUACAUCAAGAAAGAGAAAACAAAAAAGCAGCAGCAACGUUUCAGCCAAUGACAUGUUUCCGCUGUGCUGUGUUGUGCUGUGAGUAGAUGUCUCUGCUCUGUUGACCCUGACAAUAUGGGACUGCUGUACUGAUGAGAUGUACGAUCUUAUUGAUCUGACUGAGGAGUGAGAGGCUACAAACCGAGUGGCUGUUUUGGGAGGAAAUGCUCAGCUUCAUGUGCAUUUUAGAAGAUGCUGUAUUUGAACAUGCUAUCAUUUGUUGGAUAAUGUAAUGCUGUUGGAUUAUCUUAUGGAUCAAGGAUAGGUGCUGUUUGGGGUGGCUAAGAUGUGUGCUUUUCCACUGAAGCUGGGAACUCACAAAAAUCGUUCGGAAUGAUGGCGACAGCCGGUUCAGGGGCCUCCCUGAGCCCAAAAUUGAGCUCCCAGCCCCCUACCAGUGGAGACCGGCGGCUAGUGGACAAGGCCCUCAGAAGACUGGAUAAGCUCCAGGAGCUGUGCACUAACCCCCGGCUGGGCCUGAGGAACAGUCCACCAUACCUGCCAGACCUGGUAUCUGAGACGGCAACACUGCUUACGGGGGUCUGGGAGCCCUACCGAGGCCCCAAGGCGGCAGGCGGACAGGUGCCCCGAGGAGACGAGGCCAAAUACCUGAGGAUCCACAUCAGAAACCUGCUGGAUAAGACGGACAGGGCUUUGCUGCUGUUCAAAGAGGGACGGGAGAAGAUAUUUGAGGAAACAUCCAGCUACAGGAGGAACUUGACUAAACUGUCCUUGCUGUUCAGCCACAUGCUCUGGGAGCUGAGGGCCAUGUUUCCAGGGGGCGGUUUUCAGGGUGACACCUACAGGGUGACUAAGACUGAGGCUGCGGCCUUUUGGAUGCAAUCAUUUGGAAAUAAGUGUAUAGUGCAGUGGAAUAGAUUCAAAGAGCAGCUGCAGAGUGUACAUGCAUUUGAAGAAGGGAUGGAGUCCAUGGCUCUGAAGUCAACUAUAGAUCUCACCUGUAAUGACCACAUCUCUGUGUUUGAGUUUGACAUCUUCACCAGACUGUUUCAGCCCUGGAGCUCACUCAUAAGGAACUGGAACCAGCUUGCAGUGACUCAUCCAGGCUACAUGGCCUUCCUCACCUAUGACCAGGUUAUAGCUCGUCUGGAACACUACCUGCAUAGACCUGGGAGCUAUAUCUUCCGUCUUAGUUGCACAAGAAUGGGCCAGUGGGCUAUUGGCCAUGUGACGAGAGAAGGUGGCAUCGUCCAGACCAUCCCCCAGAAUACACCGCUCUACCAGGCACUCAUUCAGGGCUUCAAGGAAAGCUGCUACCUGUACCCAGAUGGCCGUGAUGUGAACCCCGACCUGACAAGCUUGUGUGAACCGGCCCAGAGGGGCAAAGUCAAAGUUACAGAAGAGCAGUAUGAGCUUUACUGUGAUAUCGGCAGCACCUUCCAGCUGUGUAAGAUCUGUGCAGAGAGGGAUAAGGAUACUCGUAUCCAGCCCUGUGGGCAUCUCCUGUGCAAACCCUGCCUCACAGGCUGGCAGCAGAAGUCAGCUGGCCACACCUGCCCAUACUGUCGCUGUGACAUCAGAGGAACAGAGUCCAUCCUCGUCCAGCCCUACCUGCCUGGCAGCGGUCAGUGGGAGGAGGAGGGUGAGGACGAUGUGGAGGAGGAAGAGGACCAUGAGGACAUUGAACUGAUAGUAAAGGAAUUGGCUGCCCUGAGGAAGUUCUCAAGUUUGGAUUACCAGGUUCCCCGGUCCCGUCUCAACACUCCACCUCUGCCCCCUAAAAACAGCACAACCGCACGUUGUCCAUCUCCCUCCAGCCAAUCCCAGACAUCGACUCUGGACAAACCCUCCCACCAACGUUCACAGGCUCACAGUGGAAAUAAAGCACAUAGACGAAACAAACAACAGACAAACAUGGAUAGCAGUGCUGAAUUCCUCUCAGAAGCAACAUUUUCGUCUUCCUCUCAGAAAGGCGGUGACAGUGGAGCAGCAUGGCUCAAACCCUCCAGCCCAGUCAAACAGAGACAAAGACAUAAAGAGAGGGAGGAAUGGAGAGCGGGGCCCAGAGAAGACACAUGUGACCUGGGAGAGAUGGCGAGAAGAAUGUCAUCCUGACAGAAAAGCAACCUCUGCAAAACCAAGACUCUUUUACUAAAGCGAGAAAUACUCAACGACUAAAAUAUUCAAGAAAGCAGUCCUUGGUGACUGUUAAAGUAGUUUCUGGUGUCAUGUUUAUCUGUAAAUGACCGUGUGUCAGCUGCACUGCUGAAGUUGUGAUGAGUGGGUGGGACUGACAGUAAAAUUGCUCACUGAGGCCUCCUACUGUUCAAUAAUCACACUGCCAUCAUCUCCACAGUAGGUUCAGUACUGAUCUUUAUAAUUAAAGUGUUCUGAGCCUCCAUUAAUUAUUAAUAGAAAUGAAUGAAAGGCCUGAUCAUGUAAUUAUAUGAUCACAUUAAGGGGGGCAAUCACAUAUCUAGAGUAAAUAAAUGGAAAAAUAGAAA